GGGUCCAUGGUAUACGGAAGACAGUUAAUUGAGAGUACGUUUUAACAGUCGGAGUUUGGGAUGUGGAUGUUGCGGAGAAUACUGGCGAAAAUGGCAUCAUUAAAAGUGCUGAAACUGUUUUUAUUAACUCUGUCACCUUUCGUCUGUUUUCCGUUAUUGAUUCAAGGUGAGGUUGUUCAUAUCACAGUGCUGGCCAUAGGAUACACCAAUGUAGAUACGGAUAGCAAUCCGCAGUUUCAAUGUUACCGUAGUGAACCAGAUAGAAAUGCUUCACUAUCAUUUGAUCGAUCAGCACCAAUAACAACAGAUAGAUCACCACCAGUACAUGAGCCACACUCAGAUGAACAAUUAUUCUUGAGAGUGGUCAGGUUCCCCGAAGGAGAUGGGUGGGAUAGUGAUGGAUUCGGUCCUUUCUACUGUGAGGCUUCUAAACAUGAUCGAGAUGUUACAAGGGUUACCACAUUUUUCCAACGAAAUGAUGCGAAAUUCAUAUCGAGUGAUGACUUGUUUACAAAGACAGUUAAUGUGAAUGACACUGGGGUGAUGUUCAGCAUGACUAGUCGUUCUAAUCCUGAUGAGAGUGACAACGUGAUUACUUGGAUGAAAGAUGGAAGUGAGGUUCUUACGUCAUUUGAUGGGCAGACUCAGAUCAGCUUCCCAAACCCAAUCCAGACAUCAGACCAAGGAAUCUAUGAGAUCUACUAUGAUAACGAGAGGAAUCAAAAUAGAGGAGGACUAUACAGACUCAUCGUCAGAGAAUGCCCUGCUGGUAAGUGGGGUCCCCCUGAGUGUUAUGGUAUCUGUGAUAAAUGCUACAAUGGUGGAGUCUGUGACGACAAGUCUGGUCUAUGUAUCUGUCCUAACAACUUCAAGGGACCGAAUUGUUUAGAAAUUUGUAGAACUAGCGGUGGAAAUCGCUUUGGAUUGAACUGUGAGUUUCGAUGUUCAUAUUUCGGUGAUGCUCCCACACAAUGUCAUGGGUUUCUGUUUUGCCUUCCUGAUCCUUACGGAUGUUCAUGUGGCGUCGGUGCCCGUGGUCUUGCAUGUAUAACACUAUGCACUAUCGGUACAUAUGGCCCCGGAUGUUCACAGACAUGUCACUGUGCAAAUUCAUCAUGUGACAUAUAUAGUGGAAUAUGUGCAGAGGGGUGUCAGACUGGCUGGUCUGGGGACAACUGUCAAAUUCCAGAUGAAUGUGAAUACGGUUACUACGGAUCUCAAUGCACUGAUAAAUGUCAUUGCUUGAAUGAUGAACCAUGUGAUAAAGAUACUGGAGAGUGCCCUGAACAAAAGUGCGCUCUAGGAUACACAGUAGAUAGUGGCCAGGUAAAAUGUCAAGGUAAAAUAUAAUUUUUACAUAAAGGAUGUUGAAUUUUCCAUAUCAAUUCCUAUUCAUUUAUUUCCAGACUACAUACAACAAAUACAUCAAGUAUGAUGCACUAUGCAUGGUACACCAGGGGUGUGUCACAAAACUUGUCAUCAGUGACAAAUG